AGUUUAUGCUCUUGAAAAAAAGAAAAAAAAAAGAUUGAUUCUUGAUCCCCCAAGAAAACGAUUCUGAGUUUGUUCCUCUCUUAAGCAUCUUCCACGUUUAUUUCAUGUUAAAAUUGCUGUCUUUUUUAGUUCAGAAUUUCCUUUUUUUCUCCUAUGGAAGCUUCGUUUGCAACUUCUUUCAUGUCAAAUUUAGGUUUGUUUGAUCAAGAUAUUACAUAUUGGACCAAAGAAGAAAACAAAAGAUUUGAGAGCGCUUUAGCAAUAUAUGGUGAAGAUGUUCCUGAUAGAUGGAUAAAAGUUGCAGCAAUGAUUCCAGGCAAAACUGUUGCUGAUGUGAUUAAACAGUACAGAGAACUGGAAGAAGAUGUCUUUGAUAUUGAAUCUGGAAGGGUUCCAAUUCCAGGUUACCUUACAUCAGAAAUGGUUGAUCAUCAUGAUUCUGAUGCUUACAGGAGGAGAUCCAGUGUGGCUAAAGGGGCUGAUCAUGAGAGGAAGAAAGGGGUCCCAUGGACUGAGGAAGAACACAGGAGGUUUCUGAUGGGACUAAUGAAGUAUGGUAAAGGGGAUUGGAGAAACAUAUCAAGGAACUUUGUGAUAUCCAAGACUCCAACACAAGUUGCUAGCCAUGCUCAAAAGUACUACCAGAGGCAGAUUUCAGGAGGGAAAGAUAAGAAGAGGCCAAGCAUCCAUGAUAUUACAACACUCAAUAUCACCACCACCACUGGUUUUUCACACAAUCAAUCUGCUCAUGUUCUUGCAUUGAAGCAGAAGCUUCCCAGCAUUCGAAAAUUGGACCGUAACGAUUAUGUUUCGGUUACAUCAGCUGAGCAGUACCAGACUAGUAAUGGCCUUGGAUUUGAGGGUCAAAAUCUGUAUGGCAGUGCUAAAAGCUCAGUAUACAAAAAUGGAUCCAUGUCAGUCGAUAAUGUGGCUGAGUCACUUGGCACUGUCCCUUCCCUGAAUCUGGUUGCUUAG